AUGAAAUGUGACACUUGGCUGAAUAGGAUUGUAACUUACUGGACAUUUAAGGUAGUUUCUUUAAAGAUAAUACUUUUCAAAAAGUCAGGUAGUUUAUUGUUCUUGUAUGGCAAAAAAAAACCACCAAAUGCAAUUAUCCCUGGAAUAAAAACGAACAAAAUUUAUUUUUACGUCUUGUUCCUUAGCCAAUCUGCUUGCGGAACCCGAUUUGAUGCAACUAUUUGCCAGAAGUGGGUGAAGAACACAUGUCACAUAUUUGUGACACCAGACUCAGAUAGGGCUAAUGAGUGCAAAGAUGGCUUAGACACAUUCUUGCCUUGCUGCAGCGAUCACUUUAACAAAUUCCUUGAGUUUUUUUGUACAAAAGAAACUUUUUCAUCUGUACCGAGGGCAGACGUCGGCAAAAGUAAACAGGUAGUGCAAAUAAACAAAAAAGUUGUCCAAAAACGGUCUUACCAACGGACACCACAAUCGGAAGGUGAUAUUAAAACUGAGAAUCAUCAACAAGGACUUGUCAGUCCAAUAAAGAUAAAAUUAUUAUAUUACAAGGAUAUGGUUUGUCUUAAUGACUUGACAUCUCCUUUCUGGAUCGUCUGUGUGAGAUCAAAAUAUGACUUGUUCUCUAAAAUGAAAUUCUCAUCCAACACAAGGGUAAUUUUACGAUCUUCCUUCGGAAUGAUUGAAUUUAAAGGUUCCAUUGAUUUCACUGUCGUAGAGAACAGGGUCAUCCAUGGCAAAAUAUCAGAACUCCUUGUCCCACAAACAGAAAACACCAUCCAGAAUGAUCUAAUUUUUUAUGCAGAAGGCACUAAAACCUAA